GAGAGAGGGAUGGAGGGACGAAGGAGGGGGAAUAGCUGCAGGCAUUAUUGAAUUACAGAAUCCACAGAGAGACACACACACACAGUUACAGAGAGAGAGAGAUAGAAGCGAUCUCAAAACAGCAUCACUCUCUGCUAGACAGAAUGACAGUGAACAGAAUAGAGAAGAGAAGAGCAUGAUUGCACAAGCAUUAGACAGAAAGACAAAGAUGAGGUUGAUUAGACAGCAGUGAAAUUACCUGAGGGCAAAAUAAAAGAGGGAAUAGACGGAGUGAGGAAAAGAAGAGUGUGGGCUUUAAUCCUCUUGGCAUGCGAGUGUAUUCCUGGCUGUUUGGCACUGAGUGCGGUGGUCACCCUGUGUGUGAGUGUGUGCUGCAGAGUUUGUUGGUGAUGUUGGGACGCUUUGGACUGGAAUGUAUCUGAGUUAACCGCUGGGGGCUUUCGGGAAGACACCAUGCUGGGCAAGGAUUACAUGCUCGCCAUCAUCAUUGUCAACUAUGACGAUAACAUCUGGAACGAUCAGAGUCUGGAGCUGGACUCAGAUCUGCCUCCAGGAUGGCGCACUAUACGUGACAGCACUGGCACCUAUUACUGGCACGUGCCCACAGGCACCACCCAGUGGCAGCAUCCCUCCUACAGCACAGAGGAGGAACAAAAUGCCAUUAAUGGCAUCACUUCCAGCCAGAUCAAGACUGCAGCAGAUGGCAGGCGGGAAUCAGGAGGCAGACUGACUGAAAACCCUCUGCCCUCUCUGAGUGAAAGGCCCUCAUGGCAGGAAGAGAAUUUCUGUGUCAACAUGGAUCCCGACUCCAAGUGUUUUGCUGUGCGCUCGCUGGGCUGGGUUGAGAUCCCUGAGGAGGAACUGACCCCUGGUAAAAGUAGUCUGGCAGUGAACAACUGCAUCCAGCAACUCUCGCACAGCAAAGCAGAGGGCCGGGACGCAGUGGGUGCCUGGGGAGAGGGUCAGGAUAUGAUGAUGGUGCUCAAGAAGGACACUCUCAGUCUAAUGGACCCUGUGGACCGCAGCCUCAUACAUUGUCAGCCCAUAAUCAACAUCCAUGUAUGGGGGGUGGGCUGCAACAAUGGCAGAGACAGGGACUUUGCCUUUGUGGCCAGUGAUAAAGACACCUGCAUGCUCAAGUGCCAUGUGUUUCGCUGCAACGCUCCAGCCAAGACCAUUGCAUCUGCCCUGCAUGAGAUGUGCUCCAAGAUCAUGGCAGAGAAGGCAGCACUGCAGCCCUCUAUGGCCCGUUCUCUCACCAUGGAGAGUAUCUCCCCAGAGGACUUGCCCCGCCAGGUUGACUUCCUGGAAGCAGUGAGGCAAAGGGUGCAGAAGUUUGAAGUGGAGUACAUUGGAAACCUGCCUGUUUCCAGAGCAAUGGGAAUGGAAGUGUUGAACAGAGCUAUUGAGAGCAUCAUGCACUCCAGAGACAGAGAUGAGUGGGAGCCGAUAGUCAUCCAUGUGUCUGAUACAGUUCUGUCUUUAUGGAGAGGAGAGGAUGGAGAUGACCCAUUUUGGGAAUGCCAAGUACGUUACUUGACUUUCCUAGGUGUGGGUCAUGACACACACACUUUUGCUGUCAUAGUGGAUGCAGGAACCCAGCGCUUUGAGUGCCAUGUGUUCUGGUGUGAGCCAGAUGCUGGGAUCAUCUCUGAGGCAGUUCAGGCUGCAUGCAUGGUUCAAUACCAGAAGUGUUUGGUUGCACAGACUCCUCCUGUGAGGUCCAAAAUGUGGAGGGCAGGCUCCAAAGUCAAACGAGCCAACUCAUUGGAUAGCUCUAGCUUCCCACCCCGACACCAAGGACACACACCUUCCAAAAUGGCCUCCCCCAGCGUGAAGAAGUGCAUGCUGGCAUUUUUUGAGACAUUCCGGAAUAAACAUUCUGCAGUACCCACACCCUAACAACAGCAACUCGGGGAGGAGGAUGGAGCCUGAUGGGCUUUGAGGAGGGGGAUAUCAGGAGAUGGAGAGAUGAAAGGAAUGAAUAAACAUGAAACCUAAAAAAGCUUGAGAAAUAUGAGUACCCUUUGCCCUUGGCAUUUUAGAAAAAUCCAACUUAAUUUCCCCAGUAUGACCUAACAAAAAACAACCCACCUAAUUGCCCUUAAUAAUAAGAGUGUUUUAAAGUAUUGACAUAUUUGAAUGUAGGUGUGCAGAACAGUGUUUAAAUGACAUUGAGGUGCUGUGCUCUCACAUUCCAAAUACUGACAGAAUGCUUUGCAAUGUAAAUGCUGUUAUGCAACAGUUAGUUACUGUCCUCAAAUGUGAUUGGUACAAGGCUAAUUUACACGGCACCGACAGACAUUGUUAGUCGGGAUUGUCUGUUGGCAUCUAGGGAUGCACGAUAUUAUCGGACCAAUAUCGGAAUCGGCCGAUAAUGGCUUUA